GCCAGGUUAUGGUGCUGUUGGGAAAGUGGAGAAGGGGUUUUUCACGGCGCCACUGCCUCUUUUUCAUCCUUGUGCUCACAGCAGUUUUGUUUUUCUACUGCACAGACAUAAAAGAAAUGACGACUGGCUGGAACCCAGCAAAAUGGUGGAUUCCAUUUAAAGAUCACAGACAAAACGUGGGCUCUCGCAAAAAUGGCUCACUACCGUCUGAACUGACUGGAUUCCAAACUCAGUCAGACUUGACUGUCCUUCUUCAAACUGAAAAUAUCACAGCAACCAACAUGACCAACAGGACUGCCACAAAUACAAAAGCUUCAGCGGUGACUCAGCAGUUGGCACAAACUAUACCACCAGCACCAGUUCCAUAUAAGUCUCCGGGCCUGUACUUAGUGGAAUACCCAUAUAAGUACAGCUUCAUCAUAAACGAGCCAAAGACAUGUGAACAGCAGAAGCCCUUCCUGGUUCUGAUGGUUCCCGUGGCGCUCCACAACAGGGCGCAUCGGGACAUCAUCCGCAGCACUUGGGGAGGUGAAAGUCUGGUACUGGGAAAAGUGGUGAACCUGUUCUUCCUGCUGGGGCUGCCAACCGGAGAGGGAGUUCAGCAGCUCCAGGAUCAGCUGCUACAGGAGAGCCGAGAGCACCACGACCUGCUGCAGAGCGACUUCCUGGACUGCUACAAGAACCUGACCAUCAAGACCAUGGUGAUGCUGGAGUGGCUGGACUCCCACUGCUCCAUCACAUCAUACGCCAUGAAGAUUGACUCUGACAUGUUCCUGAAUGUGCCAAGACUCGUUCAUAUGUUGUCAAGUGCUCCAAAGACAAACUACAUGACCGGACUAGUGGCGAAGGGAGCAACAGUUCUAAGAGAUCCACGAUCCAAGUGGUUCGUUCCUGUGGAGCUUUACUCUUUGCCAGAAUACCCACGUUACGCUUUGGGUCUGGGCUACGUUUUGUCUAUUGACCUCCCUAAAAAGCUUAUUUUGGCAUCCAGACAUGUGAAAGCUAUUUACAUUGAAGACGUGUAUUUGGGGUUGUGUAUGCAGUACUUGGGCAUCCCCCCAGCGAAUCCCCCAAACUGGGGAUAUUUCCAAGUGUUUCCUGUGUGGUACAGUCGCUGUGCUUACUCCAGGCUGAUAGCCACCACCACACAUGAUGACACUAAUCGUGUGAGGGAUUGGAAAGACUUUAAAAAAAACAGUUCCACUCCAUACUGUUGAAAUGUUGAAAGAAAAGACAUGACAUUUAUUUUAAUAAUUAUGGGUAAUGAUUGCCAUUCUAUGUCCAGUAUAAAAAAAUACUGGAGGAAAAACAUCUAAAUGGGUUAACCCUUAGAUGCACAAGUGGGUCUUUUUUGACCCAAUGAGGUGGUUUUCUUAGAGUAUCU